AUGGAAAGAAUAACAUCUCGACCCAUUUCGCUGCUGCUGUUCUGCGUUUUUCUACAAGUGUUGAUCGCAAUACUAUCGCACGGUGCAAAACAACCGGUGAAGAAGAUCAUAACCGGUAACAUUAAUCGUACCGUACGCGUCACCAAAAUGCUGUGCAUAAAUACGCCGUACAAAUACACGAUCCUGAAGCAAUGUGAAAUGGGGCAGUUCCCGAACGGAACAGUCGGUUUGCAAAUUUCCUUGGAUGUACCGGUGGUACUCAACUACGUAGAAAUCAAUGCAAAAGGGUACUACAAAUAUAGGACCUAUCAACCGUUCAUGGUCGAUUGGACCAUGGAAUAUUGUCAAGCGGCGCGAUCUGGAGUAUUGAAUCCUACCAAUGCGCUGUUGAUGAAAUUCGUUGAACAAACGCUACCCGACUUUUACUACCCCUGCCCACAUGGUAACCGAACGUAUACCGUGUUUUGGCUGUUGCCUCCGAAACUAUUGCCGCAGUCACUUCCCUCCGGCGACUACCGGUUGGACAUCUUUUAUCGUGAUUCAAGCAGAACGGAUCUGUUCGCACUGCAACUGUAUGGAGCGGUACGUAGGCUGGGAAUCAUUGGAUGA